AUGGCAAAGUUCCGAGAGACGCACGAGGUCACGGAUGAGAACGACUUGGACUGGAUGGUCCUUGAGAAGCACUCACUCCUUGCACUUCAAGGCCCGAAAGCCGUCUCAGCCCUGCAAUCACUUAUCUUCCUCGACGAGGAAGACCCAGAGAUGGACACAGACCUCUCCAACCUCCACUUCGGCAACGCUAGGUACCUCCAGCUGAAAUUACCAGACGGCACCAACACACCGUCCCUGGUCGUGUCACGCACCGGCUAUACAGGCGAAGACGGCUUCGAGAUCUCCAUUCCACCCGAAAGCGGCGACUCCACAGAGCUCGCAAACAAGAUCGCGGAAGCGCUCCUCGCAGAUUCCUCGACGGUCCGCCUCGCGGGUCUCGCGUCUAGAGAUUCCUUGCGUCUAGAAGCAGGUAUGUGUCUUUAUGGUCACGACAUAGACAUCUCGACCACGCCACCUGAAGCAGGACUAGGUUGGACAGUGAGCAAGGAGCGACGUUCUGGCAACGCUGCCAAUUUCAAUGGAAGCAGCAAGAUCCUUGAGCAGCUGGCAUCGCCAAAGACCAUGCAACGGCGUCGGGUGGGACUGAUAGCCGAGAAAGGAGCGCCGGCCAGAGAAGGGGCAGAGAUCGUGGAUGUGGAGAGCGGAGAUGUGGUUGGGAAGGUGACGAGCGGAUUACCGAGCCCGAGCCUGGGAGGGACGAACAUUGCCAUGGGUUUGGUCAAGAAUGGAUGGCAUAAGAAAGGGACGAAGUUGGGUAUCAAGGUUAGAAAAAAUGUUAGACAGGCGGAGGUGGUGAAGAUGCCCUUCGUGGAGAACAAGUUCUACAGAGGAACAUGA